AUGUCGAGCCAAAUCACUGUAGACUCCGUUCCGGAGGCACUCAAAGCCGACAAGUCGGUUUCCCCCUUUAUUGCUCGUUCUGUCGAGCUUGAAUCCGUCAAUCCUGUGGUUUCCUAUUAUUGUAAAUUCUACGUCUUGGAGUAUAUCUUGCUGAACAAGUUGCACACGAAAUCGGAAGAAAUCCAGACCUUCACCAUUGCGUUGUUGGACACGACUGAAGCGAUCAAGAAGUCUACAGAAGAUGAGUCUGUGCACAAGGUGCUUAACGAUAGAUCCUUAUCGUUAAGUAUGGUGUUGUCUUUCUCGUACAAGUUGUUCAACUCUUGCCUUGAAAGUUUAUCCAAUUUCACCAGAAGCACCAAUAAACCGGCAUUGGUAGGCAAGUUUAGGGCCACGCUCAAUUUUUUGCUGCUCUUGUCGAUUUUCACCAGCAACGACGAUUCAACCGUAGACUGGAACAAGUUGACUGGUGGGAAGGCAUCUGACGCGAAGCUGUUUGAAGCUCUCAAUAAGGAAAAAAUCAAAGUGUUGAAGUAUCAAUUGUCAAAAAUCAUAAAAGAUGAAAUUGAGUAUAAGGACGAGCCUACAGACCUCGAACUUGAAGAAGAGUUGAAUAAAGAUGCUCCUACUGAAUUGGUUGAUUUAUCUGGAUUGGAUGAUGUAUCCGCUAAGAAAGAAGACGAGGGACAGGAAUUGGAUACGUUUAAAUUGCCUGGUGCUCCUCUGUUUCUUCCUGAUGUCUCUACGUCUACAAAUGAAGCCAAUGGAUUUCCACUGACUCCUUUAUUUUUGGACGAUGACGACAUAGCAGAUGCGAAGGAUGUAAAAGCCACUGGUGGUGAUGCUGACGUCAGUUUACCUGGAGUUCCUCAUUUUCCACCUGAAGAUAGUGACAGCAACAACGAGGUCAAAUUGCCUGGAGCACCCAAAUACUUGCCAGAUGAUGAUAUCACCCACAUCAAUAAAAGCUCGUCUAUCCAGGUGUUUCCUCCAGAUCCAGAGAAGAAGAGAACUUCGUCGGUUUCCAGUAGUAGAAAGCCGUCCACUACACAUUCUUCCGCACAGGCACAUCAUCACCACAUCACCAAAGAGAAUAUCGCAGCAAUCGUAGACACUUCUGAGCUGAUCAGCAAGGUACAGAAGCAUGCCAAGUUUGCUAUUUCGGCUUUGAACUACGACGACAUAGAUACGGCCGAAAAGGAGUUGCUACAGGGAUUGGAAUUGAUCAGAUUGCUCAAAGCCCAAGGCGGCAUCCAAGAAGACUACUGA